AUGCAGAAAAUUUUCAUAAAAUUAAAAAAUUAUAAUAUUUUAAGAAUAGAAAAAAAAUAUGGUGGUACAUCUUUACUAACAAAAAUUGGCCAAUCUUUCAAUCAAGAAAAUUUAAAAAAUAUGAAGAUGAAAUUAAAUUAUGAAAAAGAUUCAACUAGCAUAUUAAAAAAUUCAGAUACUAACGUAUUUAAAAAUUUUAUUGAUAUAUUCAGAAAAACUAAUAUAAAAGAUAAAUUGAAAAUGAAUGAUAGCGAAAAGAAAGAAAAGGAAUUUUUUGAAUAUUAUAUGAAAUGUUUAAUGAAAUAUGAAGGAAUUUUUACAUAUAAAAAGUUUCAAUUAUUUUUAAAAGAUUUAUGUGAUUAUUUUAAUCUUUUUAGUAUACGGUACAAAUAUAAAAAAAAAAUUAAUCCGCAAUUGGAAAAAUUAAAAAAACAGUAUGAAGUAUUAAAUUCCUUUUUACCAUAUGAACUGGAUUCAGAUGAUUAUAAAAUAUUUCAUAAAGAAAGUAAAAAAUACUUAGCUCAGUCAUGUAAUGUUGACAUAAAAUUUAUUGAUGAAUUAUUAUUAUUCCAUGAUUCGUUAAAGACAGAUAGGACUUGGUUUUAUAGGAGAAUAUUAUUAAAAAGAAAAUUACCUGAAAGCUUUGAAGAAAGAGAAAUUGAGGCACCAUUCGAUAGACCUGUUACUAAAACUUUUAAUUAUAACAUAAAAGAAUCAUCAUUGGAAUAUGAAGAAUAUCUUAAUAAAAAUUCUAGAAAAUUAAAAUUCAAAAAAUGGUAUUCUAAAAAACAUCCAUGGUUUAGAAAAAAUACAUCUGGUAAAGACAGAUGGAGAAUUAGACCAUAUACAAAAAAAUUUCCAUAUUUAUAUUAUUCUCGUAUACCUAAAUAUCUAUAUUUAUCUAGAAAUAAACCAAAAAUUAAAAAUUAA